GGUUUCUCUUUUUCUCUUCUCUACUAUCCGCUCUCACCAAGAGAUCGACUUUUUCCUUUGGGUUCGUCAGAGAAGGAUCGAUUGUCCGAUCUUUGGUUGAACAAAAUUAUGGCCUCUUGCUUCGUUCGGGUAGGUUAGCUUGGUUUCCGGCCAAAACUUGUCUUUUCCGGCGAGGCAUUGAAUCAUGUCUCGGUGGUUACACGCCGCAAUUGUUAGAGCAACCGUUUGGUCUUGGAUAGUUAAAUAUUUACAAUGGUUAUUUCUUUAAGUCGAGAGAUGACCAUUCGGUUCUGGGUGUUUUCAUCUGGGUUCAUUGUGAAGGAACCGAUUAUCCGAUCUUUAGCCGAUAAAUGGUGGUCUUCUUUUUCUAUUGGAUUUUCUGGCAAAAUAGAUUCCGGCGAAAGCAAGUUCCAUUCCUUGCGGUGGAAUGUCACUCGCCCUAAUCGUUCCAUCAGAGAAAGAUACCAGAGAUCAAGUAUAGAUUGCCUUCCUCUUAGCAAUGGAAGAAAACCCCAUGUAAGAACUUGUAAAGAAGAUGAUAGUGAUGGUGUAGAGACUGGCAGAAUUGCAAGCUACAACAAUUUAGAAGGAAAACCACUCAGGUUCCGAUCGACAACCAACCCAGAACAGAAUUCACCACAUUUUGCCGCUUCGGCUUCCAGUUCUCCGCAAUCCGAGAACCAUGGCCACCAAAAGAGCCAGAGCCAUGAAAGGAGUCCAAGUCCAAGCCCUAGCAGGGGAGGAGGGGAUGUUAUCUUGCAAUGGGGGCAGAAUAAGAGGUCUAGAGGGGCAAGGUCCGAGGCACGGGUGAUGAGCGAUGAAUUAUCAGCGAGACAAGUGAUCAAGAUCCCUCGGAGGGUGGGCUUAGGGGUACAGAAGCAGUCCCCUACCCAUAACACCGGCGCAAUGCCACCACCACCACCUCCCGGUUCCGGCGGUGGUAGCUCGUACAACAGAGGUGCGAAUCUGAGACCUCCAAUGCCCGUCAUCAGGGAAAGCACAGGCUCCCUUCGCAGUAGUAGGAGCUUGGAAGAUCGGCCGGCUGCCGGAAACGGGUCUCCUGCAAGGAGCAACGGCGGCAGCACUAACCGGAAAAGGUCACCCCGUUCCCCCUCUUCACCAGAUAAAGCUCCAUCUUGUUAUAGCACCAUUGCUGUGGGUGACAAGCGAAAUGGGUGUCUGCCACAGGCGGAGCUAAUGAUCAACCAUGUUAGGUCAACUCCAGCGGAUGAGGAAGCUACAGCGACGCCUGCGGCAGCCGGCGUAGGCGGAGGAGGGGGAGGGGAGAAGGUGAAUCUCGAUCACUUUGAGUGGCCAAGGAUUUACAUAUCUCUUUCAAGAAAGGAGAAAGAGGACGAUUUCUAUGCUAUGAAGGGCACAAAGCUCCCUCAGAGGCCCAAGAAAAGAGCCAAAGCCCUUGACAAGACUCUCCAGUAUGUUUUUCCGGGAAUGUGGCUUUCGGACUUGACGAGGGGCCGGUACGAAGUUAGGGAGAAGAAGUGCGUGAAGAAGCAAAAGCGCAGGGGAUUGAAAGGAAUGGAGAGCUUGGACAGUGAUUCCGAGUAGUAGAACAGAAGAAGAAAC